AGUAUUUUUUUUUGUGGUAAUAAUAAUAUUUUUGUGUUCCCUCGCGAGCACUCAAUAUAUUUUCGCCCUUUAUCUUCCUGCGUGACUGCUGAUAUUAGUGCCCUGCUGAUAGCUAGUUCACAAAAAUGGCAUCAGCUGGGGCACGUGUGCCACGACUGGUGCUGGUGGGCCUGGGUGCUCUUGGCGGUGGCUCGGCGGUGCUUCUGUUGAAGCCAGGGCAAAAGCCUGCCUUACCCACAGAGCCUGGCCGGUCUGAUGAUGCCCUGCCUCUGGUUUCGUACAGUGCCCCAGACCGCUUCAGUGGUGGUAUUGCUCAGCCCACCACUAAGUGGGACUCUAACUGGGACCAGCGUGCUCCAACCUCUCUGGUUGAGCCACCCAAGGGGUUGAGCGAGGCUGAGCUGAAGGAUCAUGCUCCUUAUCAGGAAUCGCUGAGCAAGGCCAAGGCCAAGGCACGCCGCCACCUCAUUCUGAUUCGGCACGGCCAGUACCAGCUGGACGGUGCCACCGACGAGCAGCGCGUGCUGACCGAGCUGGGCCGGCAGCAGGCGGCGCUGACGGGCGCCCAGCUGCGCCGGCUGGGCCUGCCCUACACGGCCAUCAUCCGCUCGAGCAUGUCGCGCGCGCUGGAGACCUCGGACAUCAUCCACCGGGAGCUGGCCGAGGCGGCGCCGCCCGUCUCCACCUCGGACCUACUGCGCGAGGGCGCGCCGAUCCCGCCGGAGCCGCGGCUGCGCCACUGGCAGCCGGGGCCGCGCCGGUUCUACGAGGACGGGCCGCGUAUCGAGGCGGCGUUCCGGCGGUUCGUGCACCGCGCCGCGCCCGAUCAGGAGCGCGACUCGUACGAGAUCGUCGUGUGCCACGCCAACGUGAUCCGCUACUUCGUGUGCCGGGCGCUGCAGCUGCCGCCCGAGGCGUGGCUGCGGUUCAGCCUGCGGCACGCCAGCCUCACUUGGCUCACCGUGCUGCCCAACGGCAGGGUCAAACUGGACUUCAUGGGCGACGCCGGAUUCAUGCCGCCCGAGGCGAUGACCACCACGUGACCGGUGGGCAGCAGUCCGGCGCGUUCGACCGCUCACGGCGGGACCCGGUCCGAGCCACGGACUUGGAGAAGCGGGUAGGCCGCAGCCGCACCGUACAGCCUCAGCGAACACCGUGGCGCAAGUGUACACAAAGACGGACGUUUGCUACUGCCUAACAUGUAUGGAUGACAGGAAUAGGAUUUUGAUUAAAUUGUGAAUGGGGAAUGACGCUGUCUACCUUUCAUACCACAUAACUUGGCGUUUGGUGUCUUUCACGACCUCUUCACACGAACAUUUCCUUAUUUUGUCUGUCAGUGCAUUGUUUGGCUUGAUGGUGGUAUGAAUAAUCAAUCCUGUAUCAAUACAUCUCUAAGUAUUUU